ACUCCAUGAGACGCAAGAGCAUGCCUACGAAUCCGUCCCACAUUCUUUUUUAUUUCAGUCUUUCUUACCUUGCCUCACUCAUAUUGCUUACCACUUCUAGGCUGUAGUUUUCUGUAGUUGAUAGUCUUAGACAACAUGGCAGCUGGGCCCCCGGAGUAUAUAACUUCCCUUCAAAACGAUUUGGAUUAUCACUUCGCGAACAUAAGACUUCUUGUUGAGGCACUUCGAGCACCAGGCGCUGGGUGCAAUACGCAAAACAAUUUCCAAGAUCCAGAUGGAUACAGACGCCUAAGCCAGCUCGGAGAAAGUGUCAUUCAUCUGGUCAUUGCUGACGAAGGUUAUAUCAAAGGCCAUCAGCGAGCGACAGUCAGUUUCGAAUCACAAAGUGUUACGCAAAGAGCUUUGACAUGCGCAAAUCGCAUAAAUCUCAGCGAAUGUAUCAGCACCAACCUCAGUCAGCAAGGAACACCACCUUCAAUCAAGAUGAUAACACAAUCCAUGAUGGCCUUGUGUGCGGCGAUAUACAUCGAUUGUGGGCGAGAUAUCAUCCGGCUUAAAAGUGCUCUGCACCAUAUCGACUUCAUAGAAAAUGUAGAUUACACGAACGCUGAUAUGGAGAACUGUUCAUGAGCAAGAUAUGGGAAAGAUGCAUCAGUGUUACAUGACAAGGUUUUAAGGUCUGGAACGCCAGCAGCGGAUAGAUCUAUUCAAUAUUAAGAUAACUCUUCAUUCUACUACUCUAUUCUUA